CACACUUUCUCACAAUUAUUACCACAGUGCAAUCAAAGCCUCUUCCAUUGGCAACACUUCAAAACUCAUGAACUUUGUGAUUAAUCACCUCUUCCACUCAAUGCUGCUCUUAAGACAUCCAUCAGGAGGCCUCAAGUUUCCUGUUUCACAGGCGUUGAACCCUAGCAGUCAGCAGCCUGUUCGAAACACAUCUUGUCAUAUGCACUCUUUGCUUUGGCAUGGAGGGAAGCAGAUCAGAUACUUCUGCAACAGAAACAAGUGAGGAAAUAAUCUAUACUUCUGUCAAAUUCUCUGCAACUCCUUCUCCAAGAGACAAAGCUGGACAGGAAAGGAGAGCUCCCUGUCUGAGGUCAGUGGUUGUGCCAGGCUUGGCUAUAGGCUUCGGGAUACUGAGCAUCUCCCUAACGAUUGCUUUGAUUUGGAAGAUGAAUGACUCCUACCCACACUGCCCUGAGCAGUGGAUAGCCUACAGAGGGAGCUGCUACUCCUUCUCCAAGGAGAAGAAGGAUUGGCGUUCCAGCCAGGAAUCCUGCUGGGCCCAGGGAGCUCAUCUCCUGGUGAUCAGCGAUGCCAAAGAAAUGAACCUGUUCAAGAGUAUUCAAACAGCAUGUUCCUGGAUUGGACUGAGCAAGACCACAGGCUCUGACUGGAUUUGGGAAGAUGGCUCUAUACUCAACGGCACCCAAGUCCUGUCUAACAGCCCCGUGCAACAAUGUGCUGUCCUCAUACAGGAUCUCUUUCAGGCCUCCAGCUGUGAAUUUUCUGCUGCAUGGAUUUGUGAGAAAUCUCUUAGAUAAAUCCCUUAUACAUUUUCAUCUCACAACAGUCUCAUCACUGGUACAAGUGGAUCGUCGUCCUGCGAACCAAAGCUCCACACAAGACUGAGGUCUGUUCCUUGCUCUAACAAAUGUGCUUUGUGAGGACAGGUUUGUUGCCCUUAAGGAUGAGUUAUCCUCAGUGCUAGAUCCAUUUCUAGUCCACGUCUGUUGGUUUAGUGAUGUUUGGGACCAGAUGAGACCUGGCACUUAUCCCCCGUCUUUUCGUACUGUUUUCAAUACUGUUUUUUGUAACAAUAGAAGCUGGGUCUUCAGAUCCCUGAAGGCAAGCUGGCCAUUUUUCUUCAUUCUUGAGCAUCAGAUUUAAUUUCCAUUCCCUACAUCUCCAUUGUAUGGUGCCAGCAGGACGAGGAAAACAGAACCUGCUGUUCACGGUCAGUAGCAUAAAACAGACUCCUUCCAGUGGCAGCCUCUCAUUUUGCAUCCCAGUGUUAUGAACAGGAGAGAAGAGGGUGAAAGGAAACUACAACUUCUGUGAAUCCAGCAGUGAAAAUAAACAUCCACUACUGU